CGGCGUCAAGAACGAGCUGCGCGGCCACAAAGGGCUCUGCAACUUCAAGGACUGCUCCUGCUCCAGGUGCGUCCUGGUGCGAGAGCGGCAGGCGAUCAUGGCGCGCCAGGUGGCGCUGACCAGGAUACAGCAGCAGCAGGAGCGGUCCGGAAAGGUCCUACUGACACCACCUGUUAAUGUGGUACCAACGCAGCAGGAGACGACCGGUGACGAGUGCAUCGCGCUGAACCUGACCAAGCCAGAGAUGGCGCUGUCUGGCAGCAGCAGCCCGGCGCCGACGGCCAGCCGGGACCAGGUGGAACGCUCACUGCUCUGGGCGGCCGACAUCUGCCGCGUUUACCCGCAGGUGUUCUCCCUCAUCUACAUCAUCUUCAGGGAGAGCAACAGCCCGGCGGAGGCUCUCGCCUGGUUCAGAAACCUGAUCCAAAGGAGCAUGGACAAGAGAUCAAGUAUUUGGCAGCCAUGGAACCUGGCUUAGGUCUGCGUUACACACUGCCGAACCGCUGAGGCGACAUUUCUGGUUCGUGCUGUGAUGAUAUUCACUCGCUGCGGCCUUUAGGAUGGCAGCGGAGCAGGUUGUGAGGAAUUCGAGUCGUUUUCCUGGAAUGUGAUCACAAAAGAGCUAUAUGAGUCGGCUUUAGGCUGUAUGAGGAGUAUUAUAAUGCAUUGGGUGGCACAAGCAAUGCUGAUAACGGCCUAGUUAAACUGCUCUUCCUUUGGACUAUGUUGAUAACACCCUUGCUGACCGCCCGCUCUUUUCUGAGAGACUUCAUCUGAAUGCUCGCAUCAUAUCGUGCGCAAAAUUCGGGCUUGGAAUAAAUAAAGCUGGUCGUUUC